AUGGCGCCCAAGAAGAAGGAAGAGGUGAAGGAGCGCCCCAUCCUGGGCCGCUUCAAGACGAACCUGAAGAUGGGCAUCGUGGGCAUGCCCAACGUGGGCAAGUCCACGCUUUUCAAUACCCUCAGCAAGAUGGGGAUCCCCGCCGAGAAUUUCCCGUUCUGCACCAUCGACCCCAACAACGUGAGCAUUGUCAGAAUGACGUCACAUUCCCAUGACAUGCCCUUUGAGCGGGCGUUGGUGCAGCUGGGGCUCCAUCGGUGCAGCCACGGCUAG